UAGCUUUAUGACUGUAAAGUCAACAGAUAUAAUUCAAGGCGAGUUCUUUUUUUUUCUAGUGCCACAAGUUGAAAAGGAGAAUAGAAAAUGGCUGGGUGCAACACAGACUGCGUUGAGAAACCGAUAGCUAGAGGAUUUGAAAUACUUGGGCGUUUUGUUGGUAGACACCACUGGUGGUUUUUGAUUCUUCCCAUGUUGAUUUCUGCGGGUCUUGGCGGAGGAUUUUACUUCCUUGCGGACAGAGAAGCUAACGGCAUUGAAGAGAUGUUUACACCCAUGGACGGACCAGCGAAAGACGAACGACAAGUGGUGAAAGAAUACUUUCCACAGAAUGACAGCGACUUCUCACGUUUGCGUCUCUAUACCGAAGGGACCUUUGCAUCUCUCAUAAUUGUUACGCCCGCAGCAAAUAUCCUCACAAAUCCUGCUUUUACAAAAAUUAUUGCUAUGGAUAGGGAAGUGAAAGCCAUUGAAGUAGGAACAUUUCAUUUCUCAACCCUUUGUGUUAAGAAAGGUGAUGUGUGCGUGUCAAAUUCAAUCUUUGAUAUUGUAAAAACUCCCAAUGUUACCGCUAUUGAUUACCCCUAUCAUGACAACAUUUUCAUCGCGUCUGAAAUUGGUGGCGUGAAACUGAAAACUGGAUCAACUGAAAUUGAAAGCGCAAAGGCAAUUCGACUUUUUUACUUCUUAAAAGAAGACAACCAGACUGUAAAUACGAUGUGGCUGCAGAGGUUCAUAGAGACCGCGUCCGCGAUGCAAAAAGAAGAAGGCAUGACCAUAUCGUAUUUUACAUCAAUAUCAAGGGAUGAAGAGUUUGAGAAGAGCUCUGACUCAAUCAUUCCUCUCUUCUCAUUGACCUAUGCCCUGGCCAUCACCUUUUCAAUCAUAUCUUGUAUAAGGUUGGACUGUGUUAGGAACAAGGUGUGGGUGGCGACCUUUGGUGUCCUCUCAGCUGGCAUGGCGGUGUUGUCCAGUUUUGGGUUGUUGCUGUACUGUGGGAUGCCCUUCGCUAUGACUGUGGCAACAGCUCCAUUCCUGAUUCUGGGAAUUGGUGUUGACGACAUGUUCAUCAUGAUUUCUUGUUGGCAGCAGACUCAAGUUCAUGACAACGUAGAGGACCGUAUGGCAGCUACAUACAAAGAGGCAGCUGUUUCUAUCACCAUCACAACACUAACUGAUGCCCUGGCUUUCUUUAUUGGUCUGUUAACUCCCUUUGGUUCUGUACAGUCCUUUUGUAUGUAUACUGGCACAGCUGUGCUGUUCUGCUACUUGUACAACAUCACCUUCUUUGGUGCAUUUCUGGCACUGAAUGGAAGACGUGAAAAGAGCAACAGACAUUGGCUGACCUGCAUGAAGGUUUCAGAACCAGAGGAGAAUUCUGAAAAGUACAAUAUCUGCUCUGUAGGAGGAGCUUAUGAUCAUGAAACAGGAAAAGAGGAACCGAUGCCAAUUAACAACUUCUUUAAGACGCACUAUGGUCCAUUUCUAACAAAUAAUUGGACCAAGGGGUUUGUGAUCCUGCUCUAUGCUGUAUAUUUAGGCUCAAGCAUCUAUGGUUGCUUACAAAUCCAAGAGGGCAUAGACCUUAAAAAUCUAGCAGCCGAUAGCUCAUAUGUGGGUAGCUAUUAUGAUAAUGAGGACGAAUUCUUUUCAGAGUAUGGCCCAAAUGUUAUGGUUGUUGUGACAGACAGUGCGUUUAAAUAUUGGGACGAAAGUGCUCGGAAUAUUCUUGACUCCUGCCUUCAAAACUUUGAAGGUCUACCAAUGGUUUCUCAAAACAGGACCGUAUCUUGGCUCAAUGCAUAUCUUACAUUUGGAAAGAUGACCCAUUUGAAUCUAAGUGAGGAAAAUACAUUCAAAAGUCAUUUGUCUGCAUUUCUCGAGAGGUCUGAUUUCAUACAAGAUGUGAAUUUUACAGACAACACAAUAUAUGCUUCGCGUGUGUUCAUUCAGACAGUCAACGUCAGUACAGCUGUUGAUGAAAAGAACAUGUUGAACGAGCUUCGGGAGACGGCUAGUGGUUGUUCAGUACAGUUGGUUGUUUACCACCCAGCUUUCAUAUACUUUGACCAGUAUGCAGUCAUUGUUAGUAACACCAUCCAAAACAUUGUAGUUGCCACUCUUGCCAUGCUGGUGAUCUCCCUCCUGUUGAUUCCCAACCCCAUAUGUUCUCUGUGGGUGACCUUUGCCAUUGCCUCUGUCAUAGUGGGCGUUGCUGGUUUCAUGGCGUUUUGGGACGUCAAUCUCGACUCUGUAUCCAUGAUCAAUCUUGUCAUCUGCAUCGGUUUCUCAGUGGACUUUUCCGCUCACAUUUCCUAUGCCUUCGUCUCUAGCGAUAAGAGAACUGCUAACGAGAAGGCUAUAGAUGCGGUCUAUCACUUGGGCUAUCCUAUCAUACAGGGAGCUGUGUCUACUAUCUUAGGAGUGGUGGCUCUGUCUGCUGCUGAGAGCUACAUCUUCAGAACCUUCUUUAAGAUCAUGUUCUUGGUCAUUUUGUUUGGGGCCGUCCAUGGUAUAGUGUUUAUCCCCGUGUUUUUGUCUUUCUUUGGAAUCUGCAGCGCUAAAGUUGGCGAUGAAGAAGGUGCAGGUGAUAACCCUCAAGAUAAUACCUAUCAAUUGAAACAGAAAAUGAAUGCUAAUACUGUUUGUGAAAACAAUUUCUGACUGUCCCUUAAAACUGCUGGGCCAGGUGGUCAUUAAUUCUUGAAGCAGCUGAGCACUACCCCCAGCUGAAGGAUUUGCACCUGUUUCUACUGAAAACUAUCAGACAUAGAAACUGCUAGAAAAAACAUCAAAUAAAGUUCAUGAUAAAAGGACA